GGUGGAGCACAUGGGUGAGUGAAUGAGUUCAUUCUGGCUUACAUUCUUACAUACUCCUUCUUACUUAUUACUUUCAUACUUACUUACUAGGCUACCACAACUUGUUGACCUUCCCAGCGCCGAAUGAUUAGAUAAGAUCAAGAAAAUGGUCAUCCCCUACUUUGGACCCCCUACGUUGGCUGAGCACAACGCUCAGAAAACAUGGGCGGACACUGCCUUUCUGAUAGCGACAAGAGCAGAGGGACGCAGUCUAAUCUCGCCGAAGAAUAGUAGCAAGGUCGAGGAAAAGAAAUUAUGGCUUACCCUAUUAAUGGUCCAUAUUCAGAUAAACGAGUUGAUAUUUUCAAAAAACACCAUACUACAUGCAAACAAAAGAAGACUGAGAUGAUGAAGUAAUAACCAAAGAUAGAACGAAGAAUAAUCCCUCUCCCCCAUGCACACAGGUAGCCCCUAUACCUCACGAAUAGGUACAUCGAUCAAUCAAUCAAUCAAUCAAUCAUCUUGGAGUUAUAGUCGGCUCUAUAUCAAGGGGACAGGAACAGCUCCAAGAAGAUGUUGAGUAUCAAUUUACUUAUCAUGCAUUUUUUGGGUGACCUCUAAAGAAGUCUGGCCUUCUUGAACAUCAGGAACAAAAUGUUGAGGCGAACGCUACUCGUAAUUCUGCGGCGAAUUUGCGACGUCAGCAACGGAUU